AUGGCAUCUUCAAAUUCGAAGGUGUGGUUUGUGACUGGGGCAUCUUCGGGUUUUGGUCGAGCAGUUACCGAAGUCAUGCUUCGAAAAGGAGACAAUGUUGUUGCGACUCUGCGGAAACCUGCUAUGCUAGAUGACCUCGCGAAUUUAUACUCAAAGAAUCGGCUUCUUGUCUUGCCUCUGGACGUCACAGUUCCUUCUGAUAUCACUACCGCUUUUCUCAAAGCGCGUGAGACAUUUGGCCGCAUCGACGUUAUUUUCAACAAUGCGGGAUUAUGCAUGAUCGGUGAAGCGGAAGGAAUGCCUGAUGACGACGCAAAGCUCCUGUUCGAUACAUUGUUUUGGGGUGCCGCAAAUGUCACGAAAGAAGCCGUGACAACGUUUAGAGAUUUCAAUCAACCCCGUGGGGGACGUCUCUUGCAAAUGUCGUCUCGCGCAGUCCUGCGAGUUGUUCCAGGAGUAGCGCACUACGCCGCAGCGUACUCGCAAAUAGCUCUUGAAUCUCUUUCAGAAGGGUAUGCUACUGAAUUGGAUCCAGCAUGGAAUAUCAAGAUCACUGUCCUCCAACCUGCUCGUUUCCGUACUGCCGCACCCUGGACCAAUGUUCUCGUGCCAAUCCAUCCUGCAUACUCUGAUCCAAAUUUACCUUCUAGACAGUAUCGCAACAUAUAUCCAGGAGCUGAGCGUUUUUCAGAUGGAGACAUCUACAAGUUUGCACUGCAGAUGUAUAGGCUCGUGCAACUAGAUGAUCCCCCGUUUUAUCUCCCGUUGCACAGGACGGCCUUGGAAGCGGCAAAGAUCAAAGGUCAGAAGUUGUUACAAGCUGUCGAAGAUUACGGUUGUUGGUCAGAUGAUGUAUAUCUUGACGAGGAAAAUAGUCAGGGGCGAGCAUAA